CUCGGAGCGCGCGCCCCCCGGCAGGAAGAAGAGGUUCCCGCCGUAGAAGCGGCUCCGCUCGCCGGGCGCCGCCAUGUUGCCCGCGCAAGGCCUGCCGGGUCAGCUCCGCCUCCAGAUGAGCCUCCAGAUGGAGGUCUCAACAUGUUGCCCAGACUGGUCUCGAACUCCUGAGCUCAAGCAGUCCCCCUGCCUCGGCCUCCCAAAGUGCUUGGAUUACAGCCAGGGCAGCUUCCUGGAGGGAUGCCUUAGAGGUUGACCACUCCCUGAAGGGGCUGGAGUAGGGGCAUCCCAACACAGAACUGGUGGCCCCAGCACCAGGAAGAACUAUUGUGUGCCAGGGUUGAAUGUGGCUUCUGAAGCCCAAACUAUAAGGAAGGAGCCAGAGAGGUGGAGCACCUGGGCGAGCCUCUGCCCAGGCCAUGUUUGCACAGCUCUGCCUGGAAGUCCCCCAAUCCCUGUGCUCCAGCCCCCAGAUCGUGGGCUUGGGGGACAGCAAGAAAGCUGCAAAGGACUCAGCUGGGGCGGCUCCACAAGGACCCCACAGGCUUGAGGCGUUGCCAGGAUUCUAUCCCAGGCGGUUUUCUGGGUCCCCCAGAGCCCUCUCAAGCACAGGGAGGCAGAAGGGUCCUCGCCCAUUUCAGGAAUCUGCAGCCUGGAGGCCACAGGCAUGGCAGGCCCGCGAUACCCAGUUUCAGUGCAAGGGGCAGCCCUGGUGCAGAUCAAGAGGCUCCAAACGUUUGUCUUCUCCGUGCGCUGGUCAGACAGCAGCGACACCUUCGUGCGCAGGAGUUGGGACGAAUUCAGGCAGCUCAAGAAGACCCUCAAGGAGACCUUCCCGGUGGAGGCGGGCCUGCUGCGGAGAUCUGACCGCGUUCUCCCAAAGCUUCUCGAUGCACCACUGUUGGCACGCGGGGGGCGCACAAGCCGCGGCCUGGCGCGCCUGCAGCUGCUGGAAACCUAUUCUCGGAGGCUGCUGGCGACGGCAGAGCGCGUGGCACGGAGCCCGGCGAUCACUGGCUUUUUCACACCGCAACCCCUGGACCUGGAGCCCGCGUUGCCACCCGGCAGGUGCCCGACUCUCCCCAAACUCCCAGCCUGCAGCGGCGUGUGGAGCUGGGAGAGGUCCAGGGUUGGGGGAAGAGCCAGCGAAUAGGGGAAGAGAGUGGGAGGCUGGCGGUCUUGCCAGGGUGGCGCCCCCAGUUUCACCCUCCCCAUCCGCCUACCUCUCACUCGGAUGGGCUGCCCUUCCCAGCCGGGUGAUCCUGCCCACCCCAGAGGAGCCGCCUCUCUCUCGCGCUGCGGGCCGCCUCUCCAUCCACAGUCUGGAGGCUCAGAGCCUGCGCUGCCUGCAGCCCUUCUGUACCCAGGACACGCGGGAUCGGCCUUUUCAGGCGCAGGCCCAGGAGAGCCUGGACGUGCUGCUGCGGCACCCCUCAGGCUGGUGGCUGGUGGAGAACGAAGACCAGCAGACGGCCUGGUUUCCAGCGCCCUACCUGGAGGAGGCGGCCCCGGGCCAGGGCCGGGAGGGAGGCCCAUCCCUAGGGAGCAGCGGUCGCCAGUUCUGUGCUUCCCGCGCCUACGAGAGCAGCCGCGCAGAUGAGCUGUCCGUGCCCGCAGGGGCGCGCGUGCGCGUGUUGGAAACGUCAGACCGCGGCUGGUGGCUGUGCAGGUAUGGCGACCGGGCCGGCCUACUCCCCGCGGUGCUGCUGCGGCCGGAAGGGCUGGGCGCGCUCCUGAGCGGGACGAGGUUCCGCGGAGGAGACGACCCGGCGGGUGAGGCCGGGGGCUUCCCCGAACCCUCCCAGGCCACCGCCCUUCCCCCCACCGUGCCCACCCGACCUUCGCCGGGCGCCAUCCAGAGCCGCUGCUGCACCGUCACACGCAGGGCCCUGGAGCGGCGCCCACGGCGCCACGGCCGCUCUCGAGGGUGCGUGGACUCUGUGCCGCACCCCACGACGGAGCAGUGAGCGCGAGGAUCCCGAUGAGGGGAUGGACCGCGCCAUCCCAGGGCUGGGGAGGAGCGGGGAAGGCGGAUCUCCCUGGCCAGCAGGGAUGGGAGGGGGUCAUUGGCUGUUCCUCUGAGUAAAGCUUCUUCUGAAUGAC